AUGCCUGUGCUCUGGAGCAUCUUGGUCUCUACAGCUGCAGGGUCCCUCGCCAGCUACGUGGUGACCAGAGCUGAGACGCAGAAAUGCUCCGACUUCUGGAUUUACCUGGAGACAGGCAAGACCCCGCAGGAGCUCGCUGUGGCUAGUGGGGCAUCUCAGCCCAUAGCAAUCACCAGGGCUCUCUGUUCUAUCCGCCUCUGGCAAACGCACCAGGAGUCCAGGGAGUUUGUUGUUUCUGUUGUAGAAAAUCUGCCCAGCCCAGAAGACAGAGAGAGCACGGCACCGCUGGUGAGGAGGAACAAGUAUGGGGACGUUGUGGAGUAG